GAACAAUGACAAGCCUCGCUUCCCUCACGCGCUGGGCUGCACCCCUGCGUCAAGCUGCGCGCUGUUUGCAUACUCCGCCCCAAACACCAAGCUCGACUUCAGCCGCGCUUCAGCUCAUUCGUUCUCAACCGUCUCAAUAUGUCGUCGCCAAUUUCGUAGGCAAGAACUACAUUCUGACGCCCCGGGACCUUCUUACCGUCCCACACCUUCGCGACGUCAAGGUCGGCGACGUCGUUAAACUCGAUCAUAUCCACGAACUCGGCUCACGCGACUACACGCUUCGUGGAAACCCUACAAUCCCUGCAUCCAAGGUCCACGUCGAGGCAACAGUCGUUGAACACACUAAGGGUUCGAUGGAAAUUAAAUUCAAAAAGAAGCGACGAAAGGGUUACCAAAAGACCAUCAAGCGGAAGCAUCCUUUCACGAGGCUCCGGAUAGGCAAUAUCAUCAUCACCCCUGAGCCAGACGCAGCCGCUCAGUCGAUACCCGCCAGCUCAUCGUCCUAGUACCACAUUCACUUUGAACCACUCGUGUAUUCUAUAGUAUAAUGACUAAUACCUAUUAAC